AUGACACGCGAUGCUAUCGCGCAUAACACACUCAACAUGACCACGGUCUCAGAACAUGUCGCGAUGUCGGCUUCGAAACAAAAAUCUACGCAAGCAUGGAAUACAAGGAAUCUCGGGCUUCGACUCGGUGUCGACGUAGCCAGUGCAGCAUCUGCCGGCGCGUUAACAUGUCCGUUGAUCACGAUCAUUGAUCGCGCGAUCAUCGAGAAAGCCUCAAAAGGGUUCCCCAUCCGAGACACAAUUACAAGUUGUCUCCGGUCCAUGAUCUCAAAACCGAGCGGAUUCUUCUUCAGCACCCCAUUUAUCCUCAUCUACACCUUAUACAGCUCGACAUACCUUACAGCAAACGUCAUGGACACCAUCUCCUCCACACUUCGCGACCAAUCAUUCUCCACCGUAACGGCUGGUCCGGCAAAGUUCAUCUCUACAACUGUCGUAAACAUGGCAAUCUGCGUGUACAAAGAUGCACGCUUUGCCAAAAUCUUCGGCGCAAACCCUCCUCCCACAACCCCAGCAAGCCAACCUGGUACCGCAGGCUCAAGCCCAGCCCCAGCAGCACCUACACAAGCAUCGAAAUACAGCUGCCACCCACACAUGACCGCAAGCGCGCCGAAAAUCCCCACAAUCUCAUACGGGCUUUUCUGUCUCCGCGACAGCAUCACAAUUUUCGCAUCCUUCAACGUCCCUCCCCUGAUCGCACCCUCAAUACCGGAUUUCAUUGCUGAGACUCCACGCAUGAAGUCGACUCUCGCUCAAUUCUCUUGUCCGGCCCUUAUGCAGUUCGCUAGUACACCCUUGCAUCUCCUCGGUCUGGAUCUGUACAACCGGCAACCGCCGGGCGGUAUGCCGUGGUCAGAACGUGCUUCGCGCAUCCGCAGGGAUUACAUCUCCAGUUCUUUUGCGCGCAUGGGCAAGAUCGUUCCUGCUUAUGGUAUUGGUGGUGUGGUUAAUGUGCGGAUGCGGGCUGCGCUUAUGGAUAAGCUUGAGAGGAAUUGA